CUUGACUGUUCGCGCCUUUCCCCAAACCGCCGCCGCUCGGAUCACCUCCCCUUUCCCUCCCGGCGCCGCCACUUCGCCGCUGGCCGUAUCUUGAAACCAGUCCGAAGCUCCCGUCUCAGUUCGACGUAGCACGACGACCAAGGCCACCUUAGCAUCCAGCCGCGUAGCACGACCAAUCGCCUGCGCCGUAGCGCGCACACCUACGUGUCGAGCUAUCUUCAUCCCUCCGAUCGGAAAUCAAAGGUGCGUUUGCUUGGAAGGUUCUCGCAGGCGCGGCGACCUCGGUUUCAACCCUCCUCCAUGGACGGCCCCGCCGCUGACGGCGCGAGGCUGCCGCCGCCAAGGGCGGGGAGUCGCCUCUGCGUGAGGUGCGGCGAGAGGAAGGCCGCGCUGAAGCGGCCCAAAACCCUAGAACAGAUCUGUAGGGAAUGCUUCUAUAUCGUCUUUGAGGACGAAAUUCAUCAAACUAUUGUCGAGAAUUCUUUGUUUAAAGCUGGCGAGCGUGUGGCAAUUGGAGCUUCUGGUGGAAAAGAUUCAACCGUGCUUGCAUAUGUGUUAUCGGAGUUAAACCGUCAUCACAACUAUGGACUUGAUUUGUUCCUUUUAUCCAUCGAUGAAGGAAUCACAGGAUAUAGAGACGACUCACUAGAAACUGUCAAAAGGAAUGAAAUACAGUAUGGCUUGCCACUGAAGAUUGUUUCCUAUAAAGAUUUGUAUGGCUGGACAAUGGAUGAUAUUGUGAAAGCAAUUGGUCUGAAAAACAAUUGUACUUUCUGUGGAGUUUUUCGACGUCAGGCAUUAGAUCGAGGUGCUGCUCUGCUGAAAGCUGAUAAGAUUGUAACUGGGCAUAAUGCAGAUGACAUUGCAGAAACUGUCUUGCUGAACAUUCUGCGUGGUGAUAUUGCAAGGUUAAGUAGAUGUACCUUUAUAACUACUGGUGAAGAUGGGCCAAUACCAAGAUGCAAGCCUUUCAAAUACACCUAUGAGAAGGAGAUUGUCAUGUAUGCAUACUUCAAAAAGCUGGAUUACUUUUCCACAGAAUGCAUCUAUUCACCAAAUGCAUACCGUGGUUUUGCUCGUGAAUUUAUUAAAGAUUUAGAAAGAAUGAGGCCUAGAGCUAUACUGGACAUCAUAAAAUCUGGCGAAAAUUUCAGAAUCUCCACAACAACAAGGAUGCCCGAGCAAGGAACAUGUGAACGAUGUGGCUACAUUUCUAGUCAGAAAUUAUGCAAAGCAUGCGUCUUGCUGGAUGGAUUGAAUCGAGGCUUGCCGAAACUAGGCAUUGGAAGGACCAAAUCAGGUGCUGGAGCUGACAGUGAUGGUAAGCAACGCACCAAACGUUCAGAGAGGAGGAAUACAAGUCUACAAGGGAAACAUGGGAACUUUGAUUUCUAGAUCUCUACUGCUAUUUUGCUCCAAAAUUGUAAUAAUUUUUGAUAGUCAUUGGCCAUUAAGCAGAUUUUCUAGUCAUUGUUUUAUCUGACUUCAGUCUGCAUUCGUGAACCAAAAGAAUUUCUCUGGCCACAAUUUUGACGCCAUCUUUAGUUUGCUUUAA